GAAUGCCACCUCAAAAGGACUGGAAAAAUCGUUGGCAUAAGUGUAUUCCAUCAGGUGGGGAUUACUUUGAAGGCUACAAAAUAAAUUAUGACGAAUCCGGGUACUUUUCUGUCACAAUAUAUAUCUAUAUAAAAACGUAUAAUUCAAUAUUUAUAAAUUAAAGCUAGUGUUAAACUUUAAAAAAAUGUAGCUGAUAACGUUAACAGGGUAUUCACACGGCAACAAUUUCGCAAUUUAUCUGGUAAUUUGUAACGUUUCUGGGACUAACAGCUGACAGCUUUUGUGAAGAUACCUUAUCAAAUAAAAAAAUUUUCUAUAACAGGUAUUUAUGUUGUAUGGCAGCUAUAUGCCGGCGGAUCUGAAACAAAAGCAUAUUAUUGAAGAGAAAGGGACAAUUUUAGAUCUGCAUUCCAAAAACUGAAGGACUAGCUCGCGUAUAUACAGACGGACAUGGCUAAACCGAUUCAGUUCAACACGCUCAUCAUUUAUAUAUAAAUACUUUAACUGGUCACCUUUCUUCUGCGAGUUUCAAACUUAAUAUACUCUAUUGAGUGUAUUUAUAAACAUUCAAAUUGUUGUCGCCUUACCACGUGCUGUGCUGUGAAUACCCCUAUUGCAUUUUUAAGAUAUCUCUUAGAGACAAGCUAUAAAACGCCAUUGCCGACAACAUAAGAUUUCAAUGAGUAAGCGCAACAUUUAAUACAGUGGCACCCGUAAGAAAGUGUAUAUAAAAAUAUGUUUCUGUUGCUCUUAACUACCGCCUGUGCGCUUGCGAUAUUUUACAUCAAAUGGACCUACACAUAUUGGCAACGCAAGGGCUUCCCUUAUCACGAGCCAAAGAUACCCUUUGGUGUGCUGGAGGCCGUACGUAGACGAAAAGCUUCCUUGGGCACUGCCAUCUACGAUGUUUAUCGCAGUAACAAGAAUAAAGUGUUGGGCAUUUAUCUAAUUACACGACCAGCAUUGCUGAUACGCGAUGCGCAGCUAGCGAGGGAUAUAUUGUCGAAGGACUUUGAAAGCUUUCACGAUCGUGGCAUACAUGUAGACGAUGAGGAGGAUCCGCAAUCAAGGGGUGGCAUUUUCUUUCUUAAAGGACGGGAUUGGAGGAGUCUGCGCAUAAAGCUGGCGCCCUCAUUUACAACGGGAAAAUUGAAGGGCAUGUUUGACCAGAUCGAUGAUGUAGGCGAUAGAAUGGUGAACUUUCUGAACAUGCAGCUGACUGACAACGGUGUUAAAGAGUUUGAAAUGAAGCAUGUAAUGGGCACCUAUGCUAUAGACAUCAUUGCAUCGGUGAUUUUCGGACUGGAUGUGAACAGCUUCGUUGAGCCAAGCAAUGAAAUACUAAAUGUGAGCCGAAAAGUCAACGAACCCACUUUGGGCAGUGUGGUGCGCGGCACGUGCCAGUUUCUAUAUCCCAGUUUGGAAAAACUCUUCAUACGUUUGGGUUGGCGUGAAGAGGCGCCCAAUAUGAUGAGAAAAAUCGUUAAGCGUACUAUAGAAAUGCGCGAGGAGCAAAAUAUUUCACGCAAGGAUAUGCUUCAAUUGCUCAUGCAACUGCGCAACAAAGGUCAAAUUAGCGUUGAUGACAACGAUUGGUCGGCAAAAGCGACUGACAAAGUUGUGCCGAAACCCAUGUCCAUUGAAAUAAUUGCCACCAAUUUAUUUCUGUUCUACGUGGCCGGUUAUGAAACGACUGCCUCUAUCGCCUCGUUUACGGCCUUCGAAUUGGCACAAUCGCCGAUUGCAAUGGCGAAAGCACAGCGUGAUGUAAGGGCGGCACUCGCGAAACACGAUAACGAAUUCACAUACGUAGCAGUACAGGAUAUGAAAUAUCUGGAUCUCUGCAUAAUGGAAACUAUACGGAAAUAUCCCGGACUACCGAUACUUAAUCGUCAAUGCACACGGGACUACCCGUUGCCAGAUAGUGAUUUGGUGAUCAAGUGUGGUACACCGAUUAUUAUUUCGCUGCUGGGUAUACAUCGUGAUGAAAAAUACUUUCCAGAUCCCAUGCUUUGGCAGCCAGAAAGAUUUUUAAAUGGAAAAUAUGAGCCCGCCGCUUAUAUGCCAUUCGGCGCAGGUCCCAGACAUUGCAUCGCCCAACGUUUGGGUCGCAUAAUCGUAAAAGUCGCUUUAGCGAAAUUGCUGCUCAACUUUAAUGUUGAAUUGAAUUCUGAGCGAAAAGAAAUCGAAAUCGCUAAUUUUGGUGUGCCGAUUAUGGCCAAAGGUGGCAUAAAUGUACGGUUAUCGAAGCGAAAUCCGACGCAAGGCGAAUAAAUCGAAGCUGUUGGAAAAUUAUCAAUAUCAAUACUAGCUACUUAGUUACAAAUGAUUGCGCAACCUUUUACAUAAAUCACGAGAAAUAAAGCGUUGCCGACAAUUCAAAAACAUUGGGUAAAUAAUUAUGGGGCGAGAACGUCUCACUAUUCCGUGUGCAUUAUGUUUGUAUUCUUCAUAAUCUAUAAGUAUGCAUACAUAUACUAUAUCGUUUUGCAAACUGAA